AUCCAUCUUCACAUCCCCUCUCUGUGUGUCUCCUCAACUAAUUAAUUAAUUAAAAUGGAGAUACUGAAAACAGCAAUUUCAGUGGUGACAAUCAUCAUUUUCACAGCGGCAUGGAGGAUUUUGAAGUGGUUAUGGCUGGAUCCAAAGAAGAAAGAGAGGAUUUUGAGGCAACAAGGAUUCAAGGGGAAUCCUUACACUUUCAGAAGGCUUUUGUUUGGAGAUGAAAAGGAGAUUCAAAAGAUUCAUGCAGAAGCCUGGUCAAAACCUGUUAAUAUUCGUGAUGAAGUUCAAACUGGAAAACGUGCUGCGCCCUUCAUCUUUAGAACCUAUGAAAAAUACGGUAAAAAGGCAUUUGUGUGGGCAGGACUGAGACCCAAGGUGUUUAUAAUGGAACCUGAUCAUAUGAAAACUAUCUUUUUUAACCACAGUACCUUCCAAAAGAAUUUCAAGGUUACCAAUAGUGUUGUGCAAGAACUUAUCACUGGAAUUAUUCGCUUUGAAGGAGAGGAAUGGUCCAAAAGAAGAACUAUUAUGAGCCCCAAAUUUCAAUUAGAAAAGUUGAAGCAAAUGAUACCCCUAGUUCUGAAAUGCAGCGAUCAAGUUAUAAUUGAAUGGAAGAAGUUGGUAUCCAACUCCAAGGAUGGGUCCUAUACUCUAGACGUUUGUCAUGAUAUUGAAGAAUUGAUCUCAGGCGUUACUUCUCAGUUUCUGUUUGGGAUUGAUUAUGCAAAGGACAAAGAAAUCUUCCAUCUUAUUACCCAAUUGUCUGAAUUGACCAAACAAGCCACUAAGGUUUCUAAUUUACCCGGAUCAAAGUUCUUGCCAACGGAGACAAAUCGAAAGUCUAAAAGACUCACCAAGGAACUACAUCAAAGACUUUAUAAAUUGAUGUGUGAAAGAAAAAAGGCAAUAAAGGAAGGCAAAGUUGUGGAGGACAACGUAUUUAAUAUGUUACUGGAAUCUGAAAUCGCAAAUAAUCAAGAUGAAAUGAUCGGUCAUAUGAAGGGAUUCGUGUUUAAUUCGCAUGACACCACUGCAUUUGUUCUUGUUUGGAAUUUGAUUUUACUUUGCAUCUAUUCAGAAUGGCAGGAUCGUGCUAGAGAAGAAGUUUUCAGGGUCUUUGGAAAUCGUAGACCGGAUUAUGAAGGGUUAAGUCAACUCAAAGUCUUACCUAUGUUUAUGAAUGAGGUAUUAAGGUUGUACCCGCCACUGGUUGAGCUAUCUAGAUUUCUUGAAGAAGAGAUCAAAUUAGGAGAAUACACAUUACCAGCUGAUAUACAAGUCAUUAUGCCCACAAUUUUAGUUCAUCGUGAUCCUGAAUUCUGGGGUGAAGAUGCAAACGAGUUUAAGCCAGAAAGAUUCGCCGAAGGAGUGCUAAAAGCAACCAAUGGGCAAGCUGUCUUUUUCCCCUUUGCCUGGGGACCCCGUAUCUGCAUUGGUUAUAACAUGGCAUUGUUGCAAGUUAAAUUAGUAUUGGCAGACCUUUUGCGCAAUUUCUCGUUUGAGAUUUCACCUACUUAUGAACACGCUCCACGUGUGGUUUUCACCCAACAACCUCAAUAUGGAGCUCCCAUCAUUCUGCGUAACCUCAACUGAAGUCUCCAAUAAUUAAAUCUACUUAUCGUAUGUUGUUAUGCAUUCUCUCUGUCGUCAUUCAAUAAACAUUGAGUUGUGUUCUGUUUCGUUAACUUCUAUAUUAAUUCCUCCUGUAAUGGAAUGUUUUCUACUUUGUUUUGGUACUAGUGGAGCUCCGUGUUGUAAUAAAUUAGAAUUGUAAUAAUAUCAUUUGAUCUGGUUUAGUACGAUA